AUGACUAAGCAAGCUUUACAAAAGGAACUUUUAGAAAAAGUAAAACCGGGGGCUAAACCCAGUGAUAUCAAACGAAGAAAGAGUGCCGGUGAUAUUCCUUCGGCUCCGCCUUUGCCUAAUUUAGCCCAAGAAAAUAAGCAACUAAAAGCUGAAUUAGCUCAGUUAAAAGCCACUCCGCCCAAUCUUUUCCUCUCUGGCUUACUAGACACCAAACAGCGAGAACUAGAAAAAGUGCGAAAAGAAUCCGAAACCAAAUCUAAUACUAUCCGCUUACUGCGGGAAAACUUAGAAAGAGAUACCAAAGAGCAAGAAAUCAGCGAAUUAAAAUCCCAGUUAAAAGCAACCAAACAGCAAUUAGAUAAUUCUUUGGAAGCCCGCACUAAGGCUUUAUCCGAUUUUGCUAAGCAGUAUGAAAAAACUAAGCAACUGGCUACUGAAUUAGAGCAAACCAUUAAUCAAGCCUCCGCUGAACUAAACCAAGGCGACAGUGAAAUCACCCACUUACGGACUAAACUAUUCCAAGCCACCCAGCAAGCCAGUAGUUUACAGCGAGAAUUAAAUCUAAACCGAAUUAAUCGCCAUAGUUCACCCAGCAAUUCCGCUAGUCUGAAUAAUUACCAAACCAAACUAGACUAUUUUCAAUAUGCUCUUUAUGCUCUAAUGGCAGUCUGA